CCGUCCCUCCCCUUCUCCCCGCCCCGGCACGCCGGGUAGUAACGAUCCAGUGUUUACUAUAGACUCGAGGUGGACGGAAGCGCAGCGACUGGUGGUGAAAAAUAACAAUAUUAAUUUAUUGCCGAAUAACCGGUGUAAUUCUCAGCCUUCUAACAGCUGAUUCUUUUACACCCUUUAUUAGUGAUUUUCUUGUUCAAAUAGUGAUUCGAAUUUAUAGAAAACAUAACUGUGAAAUCAACAUUUUCUAUAAGAUGUUAAUUUCCUGGAGCCGGAAGCCUGGAAAUAAUGGAGAACUGGAGCACCCCUUUCAACGGAUUAAUUGAUGAUUAAAUCAAUUCAUUAAUCCAGUUUAAAAUGGAGGCGUUUGAAUCCAUCGACAGGGAGUGUGCUGCACUUGGAGGACUGUUUCAGCAUGUAGUUAACGAUCUCAAGACUGGAGUACCACACUAUGAAGAUUUUAUCAGUAAAGCAGGAAAACUGCAUUCUCAGCUCAAGAAUACUAUUCUUGCCCUUGGGUCCUUUCUUGACACCUUUCAGAAGAUUGCUGAUGCUGCAACUAAUACAAAAGGAGCUACCCGUGAGAUAGGUUCCUGUUUGACCCGUAUAGUUCUCCGCCACAAAUCUAUGGAGUCCAGGAUGAAAACCCUCUGCUCCGCCCUACUCGACUGUAUGGUCCUACCCCUACAGGACAAGAUGGAGGAAUGGAAGAAGGUUGCUAGUUGUCUUGAUAAAGAUCAUAGUAAGGAAUAUAAAAAGCUACGAACUGAACUAAAGAAAAAAUCAGACAACGCCACCAGAAUUCUUAAGAAGCAUAAAAAGUCUAAAGGAUCUGAAAGUGACCCAAAGUUGGACCAGGCGCUUGCGGAAGUCAACAAGCACGCGCGCAAUCUCCACGAGACCGAGAAGGUCGCUGUGCGGAAGAUACUCAUCGAGGAGCGUAGUAGGUACUGCAUGUUUAUCUCCUGCCUGAAACCGGUUCUAUCAGAGGAGAUCUCAAUGGUAGCUGAACUACAACAGUUAGAGGAGGUAAUGGUCAAACUUGAGAAACACACUGAAGACCCUUUCAAGCUUCCAGAGGCGUCAGAACAGGUCUUGACAGACGUGAAGACAGGAGGCGGAGCUGUUGUUUUCCAGACUCCGCCCUCUUCCCCCUCCUCCCUUGGCUCCAGGAAGAGCAGCAUGUGCUCCAUAAGCUCCGCAGGGAGCGGCUCCACUGGGAGCAGUAAUUCACCCUCUCAUCAGGCACAUAUAAUAAAGAACAGACAGGGUGUUGGAAACCUGGUUGGUCCAAUGCGUCUCUCCUCUAUCUCCUCGCAGGAUAGUGGGUUCACUAGUCAGGAUACUCUCUUCCUUAGACCUGGUAGUCCUCAUAGGUCCAAGACUCCGAAUGGUUCGGACCAAGAUCUCUCUGGUUCUGGGGGCUCCACCCCUGGUGCAGGUUGGCCUGGGCUGGCCCCUGGGAUGCCGGGUCCGCCCUUGUCAGACCGCCCUCACACGAUCAGCACAGCCUAUGAUAAAGGACAUCAACGCCCGGCCUUGCAGCCGUAUACGUUUAACAAACCAGAGAGGAUUCGUGAGGAGGAGGAGCGUCCCUACUCAACUAACCCUGGGUAUGAGGAACCUAUCUACUGUAGACCUCCUGUACCCCAGAGAUGCGGCAGUCUUGACAGGCCCAAUGUGCCAACGCGCCCUCCGAAUCAGAGAAUCCUUCAAAACACGCCAAUUUCCCAAAAUCCCAACGGUUUACCAAACUUUGCCUGUAACCAGCCUGAUAUGGUUGUACCCCAGCCUGUGUACAUGAAUAUGGCGGAUGCUAUGGCUAAUGUUCGAAAUGCGCAAUCUGAGGCGGAUGAGGGGAUGGACCUGAAAACUCCGACGGCGGAGAAUCAAACAGGUUUAGGAUCCGACAGUGGUUACGCCGGAAGCGGUGGCAGCGGCGGUAGUCAACACAUGGAGGAUGUUGCUGCGGGUAACGGGGUGCCAGCACCUGCGCCCCUUCUGCCUCCCUUCAGGGUGCCAGCCGUCCCCCAGGGGCACCAGGCGGGGGUCAGGGGUUCUCUACAACGCCCCUAUUCCUUCACCCAUGGUGUGAUCCCUGAAGUUGCUUUCAGUGAAGCUCUUGGUGCACAGUUGGGUUUGCGAGGCGGAGGAACUAUUUUACGACGAAGUAUGUCCCAGGCAGCUGGUAAACCCCCUCCACCAAUCCGCCGUGUCUCCGCAGCAAGCCAGGACGGCGGACGUGACGACGAUGUUGAGCCGGGGAGUAACAGUACCACUCCCCGAGGAAGUAUGGAGUUCCUGCCCCCUCCUCCUCCCCAUCUACUCCAUAGUGACGAGGAUGAUGAAGAUGAAGGAAAGCGUGGAGGAGAUAUCGAAGGACGACGAGGGUUGAGUGUAGCAGAUUCUGUUCGAGAGCUUCAAAGACGACAGAGCACUCAGUCACCAAGACAGUCCAGCCCCGCCACUCUAAGGCGGGUUCAGAGUAUGAGUAGUCCUUCCCCCAUGUCUUCAAUAUCAGAUAGAUCUCAGAUAAAAGCUCGUCUUGAUGCCGCUCUAUCCUCACCUCGUGGGCCCAGGCCUAUCUCCCCAGGAUCCAAUGAGCAGAUUUAUGCGCCGGUUGCCGCGCUCCAACAGAAAAUCCAGGCGCAGCAGCAAAACAAGAUGGCACUGGGUCACACGGAACCUGGAAUGGUACCCCAUCCUCCCGGUCCUCAGAUUGCACCUCAGCAUUUUCAACAGCCGAACAGUCAGUUCCAGUAUCAACAGCACCAGCAGUUCCAACAGCAGCAGCAGCAAUACCAACAGCAGAAUGGCCAACAGCUGUAUAACUCAAACGGUCAGCUGUAUAACGGACAACAGCAGUUUAACCAGCAACAGCACCCCAACCAACAUCAACAGCAGUACAAUGCUAACGGUAGUCCUGAAGGAGAACAGUACGGGUUCGGUAUGCAGUUCCAGCUUCACAGUAAGAACUGGUACAAGCAUCAGCAACAUCAGUACCAUGAUCAGAUUAUGCAGGAUAUGGAUCCUACCCUCGGUCAGAGACCCCAGCCUCCGGACAUAAACGGUCACGCCUGGCCUAACAACGGUCCUCCCAGGGGACCUAACCUCCCUCCCGCUCAGUUCGAGCACUCGGCCAUGAGGGUUCGACAGUGGAUCGAAACUCGAACCGUGAGUGAUGUUCGUCGUGUUCGUCCGAUACUUAACCAGGAGAUACAGCGAGGAUUCAGUUUAAAGAAAACCAACGAAGUUAAUGAUAGAUCCAAACCAAGAUUUUAAGCUGUUCAGUUCUUGUAUUCUGAGGUUGUCGAAACCCUUUCUGAGUGUGAUCAAGAUGUGUCAGAGAAAAUCAACUGAAACCAAAAAUUAAAUCUGUCUCAUUCAGAUUCAGUUAAAACUUAAAACUCAUAAAGUUCAGAAAUAGUGAUUUUGAUUAAUCCCAAAUGAGAUACGACUCGAAGAAGUUUGGACUAAAUUGCAUUUGAAAUAGAAGAAUCCACUUUAAAUAUUUCUAAAAACAUUUCUGAAUAUUAAAUAUGAUUUAACGUCCAGUGUUUUACGAGACUAUUAUCACCGGUAGGCGGUAGUCAGCUGCUUUUCUACCGGCCAUUUAAGAUUAGCCAUUACUGUCAGUGUCAGCUGAUUUCUUAUCAGCGGCCAUUUUAUUUCGAGCUUGAAAAGAAGAAAGUUGCGUGCAGCUUUAUAAUAUAUUUAUAUUUAUACAAAUUUUUGUUACAAUAGAUGAUAAUGUUUUUUAAAAACAGUCCUAAUGAAAAUUAAAACAUCGUUCGUCUGAACACGGACAAAUUAUCGAGAAUGAAAAAAAGACUGGUUUCGUCCAAUAGUAUUUGCACAAAACACGCAUAUCUCACAAUUCUGCCUUCUUACGGAAUUUGUUUUGCACAUUUUUAUACUUUUUUAAACGGUAAAUUUAUUGUAAUAUGAUUCUCUUAUAUUAACUUGGGUUGAAAUUUACCACUUUCUAACCUCAACUAUCUUUCGAUCUCCUGAAACUCAAAUGAGUUCUUUAAAAGUCUUAUCGAGGCCGUUUUUAGGUGAAAUAAAAUAUUUCAUCUCGAGCGCCACCUAUUGUUGUUGUCUUGUACCGUUAAAUUUUUAUAUACCAGCUAACUGUAAGUAUGAAACUUAGUGAAGUAAGACUGAUUUUUGUAAAAACUCUCUUCUAACCAUUAAAUUUAGUUAGGUUAAUUUUUUCCACCGAAAAUUUUUAUAAAAUCGAAACUUUACUGAUCUACUGCAGUGUAUUUAUUAAAACAAGAUUUUUAGGUUUAAACUUUGGUCUACGGAGUUUUCUUUAAUCAAACAUGACAAGGAAUUUUUUGGUAAAUUUAGAUUUAUUCAUGAAGCAUUAAAAUUGCAGAAAGGAAAUUUGUGAUAUUUUUUAAAUUCCCUUAAUUUUUGCUAAUUUGAUUUUUAAAGGUCAUGUGGUGCAAAACUUAUGUUUUCAAAUAUUAAAAUUACACAGAAUACUGUCACGCCGCAGCCAACAAACUUAAUUCAAUUUUUGCAUUGUAUUUUACCAACUUGCAGCUUUCCUUAGUUUAAAGAUUACAGGAUAAAUAUAUAUAUAUAUAUAUAUAUAUAUGUUCUCUAUCCUGUUAAAUAAACAUUGUAAUUUACUUUGUGCCCACUAAAAAAUGUAUUUCAACACUGUAAAUUGUAAAACUAUUUAAUUUUUCUCUGGUUUAUACUGUUGGUUAUAUAACUAGUCAUAUCUGAAAUACAUGCAGAUUUCUCGGA